AUGUCUCGUCGCAAUAAUCAAAUACACUUGUCUGCAUUCAAUCUCUUUUCUUGGAAAAGGCUUAGAUAUUCGUUUGUCAAUAGCAUUCUAGACUGUGCAUUGUCUCUCAAUAUUCAAAUACUGACUGUUACAUGCGGCCAUGAGAGUAAUGCUGGAUCUCCUCUUUCUCUCUUUAGUUCUCCGUCUCUCAAUCACCUUGAUUUGUUGGGACUUCAUUAUCAUUCUCCUUCCUAUUCUGCCACACCAGCUUUAACAACAUUGCAUCUUGAUCGUAUCACACUGUCUGACUCUGAUAAGCGCAUUGAUCUUUUCUCCAAGUGCACCAACUUGAAGAGUCUCACCUUAACACGACUCAGAAUGAUUGGAACGAAUGUUUUCAAUAUUUGUAAUCUUCGACUUUCUAAUCUCACAUUUGAAGAUAUAUGUUUGAAGGGUGUGAAUGUGGUUGCACCUCAACUCAAGAAUCUCACUAUUAUUUGUUGCAAUAUGAAGUUUCUUAAGAUUUCUGCACCUGGCCUAACCUCCUUGGUUAUGAAAGGUGAUGAUCCUGUGGAGAUUUCUACAAAAACAUUCCAUUCUUUGGAGAAGCUCCACAGUGUCAAACUUCUUAUACUUAACUGGAGGCUUCUCGAGGUUCUUUCUUCAUCCAUGGGACUAACCUCACAUCAACCUUCUCAGUUUUCUGGUUUCAAUAUUUUAAAGUUUACACCAAGUUACCCGGGAAGGGUUUAUUUGGAGGCGCAAGCACACAAGAAAGCAACUCCAAGUACCAUCUUCACAAUGAUCUCGUGUGAGGAUAUUAGAGUUAUGAGGAAUAUCGUAUCAGCACAAGAGCUUGUUGCAGAAUCACGGGUGCUCUUUCAGCAUUGUAAAGCACUUCGCAAUACUAACAAGGCUGAUAUGGAACAACCAAUGGAGAGCCUCAAGAUAAAGUGGCAUGAACAUAGCAAAGCACAAGUUAAAAGGCAGUGGGUACAAUCACCAUUGGAAAUGCAAUCGCACUUUGAGAUGAAGCAAGAGAAAAUUGAAAAAUUAGUAAAAAAGCUGCAGCAUGUUGAAGGAUUGGUGACUGAGCUACCUGAAUCAAAGAGGGAUGUGAUGCAAGCAACAUUUUCUAGUGUGUGUGAAGAAGCUGCCAUUGUCACGACUAAUAUGUAUGAAGAUCCGAUAUAA